AUGGAGCAAGAGAGCCUGGGGGUGACUGUCUGGGCAAGAGGAUGUUGUCCCAGUUUCGAUUGCAGUUUUCUGCGCCUGUGUGUGAACGGUUUGGGUGGUCACGGGAGCCACAGGGCACUGCCUGCUGUGCUGAGUGCCGGCGUGUGUCACACCAUCUGUGUGGUGUCUGGGUGUGGCUGUGGGCUGCAGAGCUCAUCGGGGAGUUGUGAGUCACUCACUGUAGGUUGUGGUGUGUGCCCCAUGUGUGUUCAGUCCCGUCUCCGGCCGUGGUGUGUAUGAGGGUUUGUCACCGGGUGUCUUGUGGUGUCUGGGUGUGGCUGAGUUUAGGUGUGUGUUACAGAGGGCAGACCGUUGUGUGUGACACAAUCUAUUGUGUGCCAGUAUGUGUCUUCAUCCACGUGGACGCACGCCUCUUCCUUGCUCUGCCCCAAGACACACCCCAGUCCCUCCUCAGGCUGCGAAGGGUGGUUGGGGAGCCUUCCCUCUGCCCAAGGGCCAUGCCGGCCCCUCCCUGCCCUGCCCAGCCGUCACCACCCCCAGAGGGCACAGACUCCUCUGUGCCUCAAAGCAAGAGCCCCAGAGUGAGGAGCAGAGCAGGCCGAGGACCUGCAAGCCACAGUGGCUGCCCUUUGUGUGCUGCGAGGUGGGGGACCCUGGGCAGGAAGCUGGCUGAGCCCCAAGACCGCAGGGGCCAUGGGCGGGGAGCUGGUGCCAGGCCUGGGGGCCCUACAGCGGCGAAAGCGGCUGCUGGAGCAGGAGAAGUGGCUGGCUGGCUGGGCGCUAGCGCUGGCGGGAGUUGGCAUUGGACUCAUGGUGCUGCACGCGGAGAUGCUGUGGUUCGGAGGGUGCCCGUGGGCGCUCUACCUGUUCCUGGUUAAAUGCACCAUCAGCAUUUCCACCUUCUUGCUCCUUUGUCUUAUCGUGGCAUUUCACGCCAAAGAGGUCCAGUUGUUCAUGACCGACAACGGGCUCCGGGACUGGCGCGUGGCGCUGACCGGGCGGCAGGCGGCGCAGAUCGUGCUGGAGCUGGCUGUGUGCGCGCUGCAUCCCGCGCCGGUGCAGGGUCCGCCGUGUGCCCAGGGUUUGGGGUCCGGGCCCACGGCGGCGGCAACGCAGUCCUGGCCGGGCUUUCUGGAUGAGGGCGAGGCGCUGCUGUCGCUGGCCAUGCUGCUGCGCCUCUACCUGGUGCCCCGCGCCGUCCUCCUGCGCAGCGGCGUCUUGCUCAACGCGUCCUACCGCAGCAUCGGCGCCCUCAACCAGGUCCGCUUCCGCCACUGGUUCGUGGCCAAGCUGUACAUGAACACGCACCCCGGUCGCCUGCUGCUCUGCCUCACGCUUGGCCUCUGGCUCACCACCGCCUGGGUGCUGUCGGUGGCUGAGAGGCAGGCCGUUAAUGCCACCGGACACCUUUCAGACACACUGUGGCUGAUCCCCAUCACAUUCCUGACCAUUGGCUAUGGAGACGUGGUGCCAGGCACCAUGUGGGGCAAGAUUGUUUGUCUCUGCACUGGAGUCAUGGGGGUCUGCUGCACAGCCCUGCUGGUGGCCGUGGUGGCCCGGAAGCUGGAGUUUAAUAAGGCAGAGAAGCACGUGCACAACUUCAUGAUGGACAUCCAGUACGCCAAAGAGAUGAAGGAAUCAGCUGCCCGAGUGCUGCAAGAGGCCUGGAUGUUUUACAAACACACACGUAGGAAGGAGCGCGGGGCUGCCCGCAGGCACCAGCGCAGGCUGCUGGCCGCCAUCAACAGGUUCCGCCAGGUACGACUGAAACACAGAAAGCUCCGGGAACAAGUGAACUCCAUGGUGGACAUCUCCAAGAUGCACAUGAUCCUGUGUGACUUGCAGCUGGGUCUGAGCAGCUCACAUCAGGCCCUGGAGAAGCGGAUGGACGCCCUGGCAGGGAAGCUGGACACGCUGACUGAGCUGCUUAGCACUGCCCUGGGGUCGAGGCGGCUUCCAGAACCAAGCCAGGAGGCCACGUAGCUGGACCCACGGAGGAAGAACCAAGCUACUUUCCCCAGGAUUGAGGUGGAGGACACUGUCCCUGCUACUCCUGACCCAGCCCUAUGAAUAAAGCACCUCAAGUGCAAGGACCAAAGGGGCCCCACCUUAGGGUGGUCUCACUCACUGACUGACUGAGGAGACACUGGCUCAAGGAGAAAGGCUGUGGCCACACACACCCAAACCCCUGCCCCAAAAGGGAAAAUGGUCUCACUACUAUCCCACAUACCCUGGACAAAAACAUCCUUACUAUGCUGCUAUGGAUGACCUCCAGCUUUCAGUUAGAAGUGGAGGUGCCUGGGGGCUGAGACUCCUGGGUCCCAGAGGAGGAGGGGACUGGGGGCCCAGAGUCCAAGAUCCUGGGCUGCCUUAGUGACCACGGAAUUGCCGAGCUAAUGGAACCGGGCCUGAGGCUGAGGUGGCGGGAGGCAGCGCCCCCUGGCGGGAGGUCCAGGAGGACACAGUUUGCCAGAGCUGCAGAGAGUAUCUGGUGCAGAGAAGGGGGGGGGGGGGGGGUACAGCUCACCAGUCUCUGCUCUUAACUUUGUAAUAAACGUUCAACAAAGCCAGAA